GGCCCCAGCGGAACCGGAAGCAAGGGGACGGGAACAGCGGUGCACUGGGGCCGAUAGGAAGCAGAAGCUCAGUUCAGGAGGGCUGCUCUCACCUUUUCCUGGAGUCUGUUGGUUGUUCUUUGCAUAGGAGCUCUCCAAGCGCCCGGCUAAGGCUGCUGCGAUGGUGACGCUUGUUCAGGACUUUGUGUCUCGGCAGGUGGAGCUACUAAAGGAGGAAAGAGAGGCCGAGAUUUCGGAAGCCAGGGCAUGGCAAGAAAGCAUCUCCCUGAAAGAGCUGCAGCGCAGAGGGGUCUGCUUGCUGAAGCUUGAAGUAGCCAGUCAAAGAACUGGAUUGUAUGGCCGGUUGCUUGUAACUUUCCAGCCUAGAAAACAUGGUUCAGAAGCAGAGCUGCCCUGUAGUAGUUUUGGGCCUGGCGACAUUGUGGGACUUUAUGAAACUGCUAGUCAAGGUGAUCAGCUUUCCACAGGGAUUGUUACCCGCAUAACUCCCAAAUCAGUUACUGUUGCAAUUGAUGAGCCUCAGAGCAAUCUAGUGAGCUUGGACCAGGUAAACGCCUAUCGUUUGCUGAAACUUGCCAAUGAUGUCACAUACAAGAGACUUAAAAGGGCAUUAAAUACAUUAAGUCAGUAUCGCUCUGGUCCAGCAUCUGGCCUUAUUGAUGUUCUCUUCUGUUCUUCUGAACCUAGUGAUACCAAUGAUGCAAAGUUGUUGAGGUUCUACAAUGAGUCACUGGAUGCUUCUCAGAAGGAGGCUGUUUGCUUCUCAUUGGCACAGAAAGAGCUUGCUAUCAUCCACGGACCACCUGGAACAGGCAAAACCACAACUGUGGUGGAGAUAAUACUCCAAGCUGUGCAGCAAGGCUUGAAAGUCCUGUGUUGUGCUCCCUCUAACAUUGCAGUGGAUAACCUGGUAGAAAGACUCUCCAGCUGCAAAGAGCGAAUACUGCGCCUUGGUCAUCCAGCUCGUCUCUUGGAGUCCAUCCAGCACCAUUCCCUUGAUGCAGUCUUGGCACGGGGAGAUAAUGCCCAAAUUGUAGCAGAUAUCAGGAAAGAUAUCGACCAAGCAUUCGCAAAAACCAAGAAGACCCAAGACAAAGGGGAGAGAAGCCAUUUUCUAAAUGAGAUUAAGACACUGAGAAAAGAGCUGAAGGAGCGAGAGGAAGCAGCGAUGACUGAAAUCCUGACACAAGCUAAUGUUGUUCUUGCAACAAAUACAGGAGCCUCAUCUGAUGGCCCACUGAAGCUACUCCCUGACAACCACUUUGAUCUGGUAGUGAUUGAUGAAUGUGCCCAGGCACUGGAAGCAAGCUGCUGGAUACCUCUUCUGAAGGCCAGAAAAUGUAUCCUGGCUGGAGAUCACAAACAGCUGCCUCCUACUAUCAUCUCUCACAAGGCUGCUGCUGAGGGUCUUUCUCUUAGCUUAAUGGAACGUCUGCUUCAGAAGUAUGGCGACCGUGUUAUGAAGAUGCUUACUGUGCAGUAUCGAAUGCACCAAGCCAUCAUGCAGUGGGCAUCUACUGAGAUGUAUGAGGGACGUCUCUCAGCUCAUCACUCUGUAGCACAACAUUUACUGAAGGACCUGCCAGGAGUGGCUUCUACAGAAGAGACUAGUAUUCCUUUGCUGCUUAUAGAUACAGCUGGCUGUGGCUUGCUUGAGCUUGAAGUGGAAGAUGAGCAGUCAAAAGGGAAUCCAGGUGAAGCACGUCUUGUGGGCUUGCACAUACAGGCUUUGGUAGAGGCUGGGGUUAAGGCAAGAGACAUUGCAGUCAUUGCUCCCUACAACCUCCAGGUGGAUAUGCUAAGGGAGCUUUUGUGUCACAAGUACCCAGACCUAGAGAUUAAAUCAGUGGAUGGCUUCCAGGGAAGAGAAAAGGAAGCCGUUGUCCUCUCUUUUGUGAGAUCUAAUAGAAAAGGUGAAGUGGGAUUCCUUGCUGAAGACCGGAGAAUAAAUGUUGCAAUUACUCGUGCCCGACGUCACGUGGCAGUAAUCUGUGAUUCUCGGACAACUGGCAACCAUUCUUUUCUAAAGCGGCUGGUGGACUAUAUGAACAAGUGUGGAGAAGUACGCACAGCCUUUGAAUACUUAGAUGACAUUGUUCCAGAAAACUAUUCUCACAAGAGUUCUCAGGGUCUCAGUGAGCAAGAAAAGAGACCUAAACACAACGUUCCCUCUGCUCCAAAGGCUGGUGCUGAGAAACCAAGAGGAAAACCAGCAAAACAGACUGGACAGAGGCCAGAAGAAUGUACUGUGCCGGGAAGAGCCUGGAUCAGAACCGAGCAAACUGAAGUGAAAGAUAAUUCAAGUAAACAUAAAGCAAGGAUACUGGAGUUUCUGGAGAGCAGUGAGUCCCAGCUGGAUUUCCCUUCAUCAUUGAAUGCUCAUGACAGGUUGGUGGUCCACCAGUUGGCUGAGGAGUAUGGGCUGCAGCAUGUAAGCACUGGAGAAGGUAGAGAGAGAUACAUCAGUAUUCGCAAAAGAAAUGCUGCCACUGACUUACCUUUGGGAGAUGCUAAGGCCUGUGAACAAAAGUUGCCCUGCAGGUCUCCAAGCCCCCUGGAAGCAAUUCAUACCCACAUCGAAGAAAGAGAAACUUGUGCUAGCACAGGGAAAGUGGAUCUGAAAGCACUGCACAGGGAACGGGUGGAAAGGGAGAAAGCCAAGCGAGAACAACGGGAGAAGCAAAGUCAGGAACUGGAUGUAAAACUCCAGGAAAUCACUGGGAAGAAACAAAAAAACGAAGCUAAAGGGAAAGCUGCUGUGAAACCCAGAAUGGAAAGUACAGCUGAGGAAGACUUUGAUGCUAUGAUUUCUGCUGUUGUUAAGGCUGACAACACGUGUUUUUCCCCCAAAUGCAAAGCCAAUGUAACAACCCUAGGACAACUCUGCCUGCAUUGCAACAAACGCUUUUGUCUCAGCCACCAUGUCCCUGAGGUUCAUGGGUGUGGUGAGAAGGCCAAGGCACAUGCCCGGCAGAGAAUCAGCCGGGAAGGAGUUCUGUAUGCUGGAAGUGGGUUGAAAGACAAAUCCUUGGACCCUGUCAAAAGAGCUCAUCUCCAGAGGCGCCUGGACAAGAAACUAAAUGAACUAACUAGCCAGAGGAAGAGUAAAAAGAAAGACAAAGAUAAAUGAGAAGAUUUGCUGUAUAAAGGUAUAGUGCCAGCCAGCCUCUCCUUGAGGCACCAUCUUAAAGCAGCAUGCACAAGAUCCCAUGGAAAAGCCAAUGAUGCUCUUAAACUUUCUGACUCAUCCCCCCCACCCUGAAACUAGGAUACGUCCUUUUGCUAUGCAGCUCUCAGAGAACUGAAGGGCUAUAAGAAGGACUUUUCAGCAUGAAUCUGCCUGCAUCUUUCAAAAAGUGCUCAGGUUUUAUCUUCUAAAAUGUGUUCAUUUCAGUCAUGUCAAAUGUACAAAGCCAAGUUGGCUAAGGAGAAAGGUGGGCAGCUUUUGUUCGGAGUAAUUAUCUUUAUUGGCAAGUAAUAAAUGUACACAGAGUGGAUGCAUAGCAGGUUUUACAAUAAAAAUGUGAUAGUAAAUGCCUGGAAUAAUAAACUGACAGUUUGACAUUG